UUUAUUCGUGUAGCAAUGCGUGAGAUAAGUCUUGUUGUGUAUUUCGGGCUGUUUCAGUUCGCAAGAUGGCUCUACGAACCAGUUUCGACAACCAUUACGGAUUCAUGGACUACCAUGACAUCUAUAUUCGACACAACUCAUGAAGUCAACUACACUCGGUUAAUAUUUUACCCGUUACUGUUAGUAACUUCGGUGCUAUGGGUACUACAUAGAUGGCAACAAAAGUCGAGGUUGUACCAGCUCGGCCAGAUCCUGCCAGGUCCACAAACCGUGCCAUUUUUUGGAAACGCCCUUCUUGCUUUUGGAAAGAGGCCUGAUCAGCUAGUCGAAAUUGCUCUGAGCUACGCUGACAAAUAUGGGUCGGUGGUGCGUGGAUUCCUUGGCUCUAAACUGGUGGUAUUCCUAGCUGAUGCCGACGACGUUGAAGUUAUCUUGAACAGCCAAGUCCAUAUCGAUAAGUCUUCGGAGUACAGAUUCUUUAAACCUUGGCUUGGAGAAGGACUACUUAUUAGCACAGGUAAAAAAUGGCGUUACCAUCGCAAGAUUAUUGCUCCAACAUUCCACAUCAAUAUUUUGAAAUCUUUUGUUGAUGUCUUCAAUCAGAACAGUAAGAAUGUCGUUGAAAAACUGCAGACUGAAAUUGGUAAAACGUUUGAUGUUCACGACCACAUGAGUACGGCUACAGUUGACAUAUUGCUGGAAACUGCAAUGGGUAUAACAAGAAAAACUCAAGACGAAUCUGGUUUUGAUUAUGCAAUGGCUGUAAUGAAAAUGUGUAACAUAAUUCACCAGAGACACUACAAGUUCUGGUUACGAUUUGACGCACUUUUCAAAAUAACACCAUUCUUCAAGAAACAAAAACAACUUUUAGAUAUUAUUCAUGGACUGACAAACAAGGUAAUAAAAAGUAAAAAGCAGACGUACUUUGAGAACAAAGCGAAAGGCUUCAUCCCUCCAACAUUAGAAGAGCUGACACGGAGUAGUGAUAAUGAUAUCUUGGCUAAUGACAACAAGACAGUCUCGGAUACAGUGUUCAAGGGAUACCGGGACGAUUUGGAUAUCAAUGACGAAAAUGAUAUAGGGGAGAAAAAACGUCUUGCUUUCUUGGAUCUGAUGAUCGAGUCAGCACAGAACGGUACCAACCAAUUAACUGACCACGAGAUAAAAGAAGAGGUUGACACAAUUAUGUUUGAGGGUCACGACACUACCGCAGCUGGCUCCAGUUUCGUACUUUGCCUACUGGGUAUCUACAAGGAUAUCCAAGCUAAGGUGUACAAUGAGCUCUAUGAGAUCUUCGGAUCGUCUGACCGACCAGCCACGUUCGCUGAUACCUUGCAGAUGAAGUAUUUAGAGAGAGUUAUCCUUGAAUCCUUAAGGAUGUAUCCACCUGUGCCUGUUAUUGCUAGGAAGCUUAACAGUGAUGUGAAGAUUGCAACCAACAACUACGUCCUACCAGCAGGCUGCACAGUAGUGAUAGCUACCUACAAGAUUCACCGCAGUCCGAAGUACUACAAGGACCCUGACACCUUCAACCCCGACAACUUCUUGCCCGAGAACACUUCGAACCGCCACUACUACAGCUACAUUCCCUUCAGCGCUGGACCCAGGAGCUGUGUUGGUCGCAAAUACGCCUUACUGAAGCUGAAGAUUUUACUGUCAACGAUAUUAAGAAACUACGAAUGUAUAUCUGAUGUCCCUGAAAGUGAAUUCAAGCUUUUGGCAGACAUCAUUUUAAAGAGAUCUGAUGGAUUUAGACUCCAAAUAAAACCUAGAGUGAGGGCUCCAAUAAAUGUACCUUACACAAUGACGUCCCUGGUCGAGGAAGCCCAGGUGCCCAGCUACAACACAAGACUGAUAUUCUACCCACUCCUAUUACUCGCCUCCAGUAUCUGGAUUUUGUACAGAUGGCAACAAAAGUCUCGCUUCCAUUCCAUCGCUGAGAAGCUUCCGGGACCACCCGCCAUCCCCUUUGUUGGAAACGCUUUAUUGGUCUUGAGGAAAAACCCGACUCAAUUGGUCGAGUUCGCUCUGAAAUUCGCUGAACAGUUCGGUAACGUCAUCAGAGUCUGGCUGGGAACAAACCUGCUUGUCUUCCUUACCGACCCCAACGACGUUGAGGUCAUCCUCAACAGCAAUGUCCACAUUGACAAAUCCACAGAAUACAAAUUCUUCAAGCCCUGGCUUGGAGAGGGUCUCCUUAUCAGUACUGGUGACAAAUGGCGUUCCCACCGUAAAAUGAUUGCCCCAACUUUCCACAUCAACAUCCUGAAGUCCUUCGUCAGCGUUUUCAACCAAAACAGCAAAAACGUCGUCGAGAAGAUGAAGGGUGAGAUGGGCAAAGUAUUCGAUGUGCACGACUACAUGAGCGGUGUCACCGUCGACAUCCUUCUUGAAACCGCUAUGGGAAUCACAAGAAAGACACAAGACGAAUCUGGAUUCGACUACGCCAUGGCUGUAAUGAAGAUGUGCGACAUCAUUCACCAGAGGCAGUACAAACUUUGGCUCCGUUUUGACGCAUUCUUCAACCGUACAUCUUUCUUCAACCAGCAGAAGAAACUCCUCAACACCAUCCACGGACUUACCACUAAAGUAAUCAAGAGCAAGAAGGAAAUCUAUCUAGAAAACAAAUCAAAGGGUUUCAUCCCCCCGACCCUCGAGGAGCUUACAAAGUCAACGGACGACAAUGUAUUGGCUAACAACGACAAGUCUCUCUCAGAAGAUGUCUUCAAGGGAUACCGCGAUGACUUGGACUUCAACGACGAAAACGACAUCGGUGAGAAGAAGCGUUUGGCUUUCUUGGACCUUAUGAUUGAGUCUGCCCAAAAUGGUACCAACAACAUCAGCGACGAGGAAAUCAAGGAAGAAGUAGACACCAUCAUGUUUGAGGGUCACGACACCACCGCUGCCGGCUCCAGUUUCGUUCUCUGCCUCCUUGGAGUCCACAAGGACAUCCAAACUAAAGUGUACGAUGAGUUGUACGAGAUCUUCGGCGACUCUGACAGGCCAGCCACCUUCGCUGACACCCUCCGCAUGAAGUACCUCGAGCGCGUCAUUCUGGAGUCUCUGAGGAUGUACCCACCAGUACCCAUCAUUGCCAGAAAACUCAACCGUGAUGUUAAAAUCGCUACAAACAACUACGUCCUCCCUGCCGGUUGUACCGUCGUAAUUGGUACGUUGAAGGUGCACCGCAACCCUCAACACUACAAAAACCCCAAUGUGUUCAACCCCGACAACUUCUUGCCCGAAAACACAUCGAACCGCCACUAUUACAGCUACAUUCCCUUCAGCGCUGGACCCAGGAGCUGUGUCGGUCGUAAAUACGCCAUCCUGAAGCUCAAGAUCCUCCUGUCUACCGUCCUGCGUAACUACAAGGUGACCUCUGACGUCACUGAGAAGGAAUUCCAGCUGCAGGCUGACAUCAUCCUGAAGAGGACUGACGGCUUCAGGCUCCAGAUCGAGCCCAGACAGAGGGUCCCCUCCACCGUCGCUUAAAGCACCAAAGAACAUGUCAUUAUCACACUUGGAUUUUGGCGUCAUAUUGCGUUGAAUUUUGGGUAGUAAAAUGUGAUAUAUCCUAUUUAUUUUUUAACAUUACACUACUUUUAUACUAUAAGUUUUAUUUAUUUAAUUUAAUACAAUAUUAUUUCUUGAAUUUAAUACUCAUUCAUGCCUUAGAUGCCUCUUUAUGUUACGUUUUAUCGCGAAGUUAGAACGAAUAUUUAUAAUAAUUAUUUAUUUAAAUCAUCCAACUGUAAUUAUUUAUAAAAUCACUAAUUUAUCAGUUGGCAAUUUAGUGGCGGUUCCUACAGGGUCGUCGAGUAAUUUUAAGGUGUUUCGUCAUUUUCACUAUUACAUGCAUGAAAGGUGUUAAACAGCAUGAUUACAAUUACAAAGAAGAAUUUAGUAUGUUAAUGAUAAACCUACUAAAUAUGUAAAUAAACACCAAUAAUAAUUA